AUGGCAGUAUUGCUUUCUAAGCUCCUGGAAACCGGCUGGAUGCUGCCCUCUGAAAAGGCGACCACAUAUGGCUUUUCAGAGGGUGCUGCGAAUGUGGCUCUCCAGGGUCUGGCCUUUCAGUCUAGCUCCAAUCAAGGCGGCGGCGAAGCCCACCUGGCAAUAGAUGAUAACCCCACCCCCAACUUACUGACUGGAUCCUGCAGCCAGACCACCAGAGAGCUCCAGCCAUGGUGGACAGUGGACCUGAGACGUGGCUACCUCAUCGACAAUGUUACUAUUACCAGCCAGUUGAGCAACCAGCAAAGCUUGCUGCCCUGGGCCGAGAUCCAUGUCGGAGAGGACAUACGGGGCUAUGGAAUAUAUAACCCUGUCUGUGCUGUCAUCCCUUCGAUGUCUUCAGGAGAGACAAGGUCGUUUCCAUGUGGGGGUAAAAUCGGACGUUACAUCACAGUGGUCAUACCGAACCGCAUUGACACACUAACGCUGUGUGAGGUUCAGGUGGCGGUUCUGAAUAUACCAGAUCGUCUGCUUGGAGUCAAGAUCACAAGCAUGUUUAAUGCCGACGCAAACCUUUACACAGAGGUUGCAAUACAGAAGACCAAACAGAAUCUUAAGAGCGUGGGCAGAACAUUAAGCUGGGGGAUCGACCAUGUCCUGCAGAGAGAUCAAAAGACCUGUAUACCUAUGAAGACAUAA